CCACCUCACCAGCUUUUCUCAGCUCCAUUGCGCUGGGAACAGGCUGUCUAAAGCUAGGCCUGAUGUCACGCAGAUUAUCGUGAGGAUUACAGCGCCCGCGGGCUCCAGCUUUCGAUCUGGAUGAUGAGGCUUCUGAACACAUACACGCAGGCCUUCGAGGAAUUCUUUGGCUCACGCCUACCUCACUACGCCAUACUGUCCCACGUCUGGUCCCCAAGCGAGGCCUCGCACGAAGCAUUUCGUAACACACAUUUGACUCGGUCGCCUGGCCAUAUCAAAAUUCAGAGGCUGUGUGAAAUCGCGAGUGCCGGAUUGCAAGGAUGGUUUUUCCCUCUGCAAUACGUAUGGAUUGACACAAUCUGUAUCGACAAGCGCAGCUCGGCCGAGCUGUCAGAAGCGAUCAACAAGAUGUAUGGAUACUACGAUCGUGCGGAAGUCUGUCUGGUCUUCCUCCCGGACGUUGAUCCAGUCUCGCUGAGGCCUGGCGCACGAGAUGCGUCUGACAUGGAAGGCAUCCGACAAAUAGAUGGCUUCGCGCCUUUUCUUGAAGAACAAUUCAUUCACACGAGGUGGUUUAAGCGUGGCUGGACAUUGCAGGAGCUCCUGGCUCCGGAGAAGCUACUCUUCUUCAACUCUCGAUUUGAGCCUUUGGGCGGCCGCAUCCUUUGCGACAGCAGCGAGAAGGCACAAAUGGCGACAUUCAGGAUGAUUGAAGGAGUACCUCACAGCAUCAGGAAUGGUCCAACUAUCAGCAAUUUGAUCAUGAAAGGGACCGGUAUCGACGAGGAUGUUCUUGCCUCCGGAUUACGAAUCGCUAAGCCUUGUAUCGCCAAACGUAUGAGCUGGGCAGCCCACCGCACCACCACGCGAGACGAAGACAUUGCAUACUGCUUAUUGGGAAUCUUUGACGUCAACAUGCCCCUGCUGUACGGCGAAGGUGCCGUGAAGGCUUUCACGCGUCUCCAGAUGAAGAUCCUCGCCACCUCUACAGACGAGUCGAUAUUUGCAUGGAAGCUUGCAGACCAUUUACAAGCCUGGAGUGGCCUCCUGGCUCCCAGCCCAAAGGCGUUUGCGGGCUGCCAGAAUAUGUCUGAGAUCCCAUACGAUACCGCUGCAGAGACUCGCGGGCUGAAAUCCUUUUACUACAAAACUAAAGAAGGACUUGAACUUGCCCUAAGCCUUCCAAGAUCCUUGACGCCGUUCAACGACAGACGCUGGAUACACCCAUUACGAUGCGGUUUUCUGCUCGAGAAAGGUAAAAUCCGAAGAUGCUCUCUACAAGUGAGGACCAAGCCACGUCAAGCAGGUAGAUCCGCGGAUCACCCGCUCACCGCACAGCGCUGGCGUGCGAGUAUCUUCUACCUCGACGGAGCCGAUGAAUACCAGGCGUUGAAGCAAGCACUAGGCUGGGGCAGACCACAUUUACUCGCUGAGAGCUCUGAUCAGGUGAUUACAGCCCAAAAUGAACUCAUCGGGCAUCUUUCCUCAGCCCUUUCUGGUUACGAAAUCCUUCUGCAGGGUGCUCAUAUGACCUGGAGAGAAUGGAUGCCAGGUUUGACCGCACAGUCUAACGUCGUUAGAUUGGUCUUUCCGUAUUAUACGUUACGCAGCGAACCAAAUUUAGGAGCUCUGAUGCCAGAAGAUCGAGGCAUGGUCAAUGCGAUGACAUUGCGCAGAUACACUGUAAAAUCUCAAACAAGCGCAGCAGCUCAUUUUCAAUCUUCUGAAACUGUUUUUGUGACGGGCGUACAAGGCUCAUUCCGACAUAGACGACCAGUUGGAUCUUGAAACGAGCACUGUUUAGCCGAUGAUAAUCACAAGGUGUCUAGCUGAAGGUCGAAUAGACAACUGUGCCUGUAGGGUGGUGGGAAGAAGGGAGAUGUACAAAUGUCCGAUUUGUGUAGAAUCGUAGGAAAUGAGAAGCAUGUGAAGU